GAUCCCCUGCCAGAUCCCCUUCCACUCUCUCCAAGUUCUUCAGCCUCUCUUCCCUCUCCUCUCUCCACAUGUCAUCUGUCUCUUCUUCUUCAGAGGAAGGAUCACAGACCUCCUCCCCUUUUAGUGCUUCCUCUGUUUCCCUGGCUGUCUCAACUCAGUCAUCCUCCUCUGCCACUCCCCCCAGUCCUGCCUGCCCUUCCUCCACAACCCACGUCUCCUCCCCUGCCCCCCAGUCCUCCUCUCCAAACCCCCUGGACCACCAUGGAGAGACCAACAAAGACAGUGAGACUGCCAGAGAUCUUAUGAGCUCUGAGGUCAAAGAGGUGGGGGCAUAUGUUCCACAGACAAAGAGAAUGGUACCCCGAUUUGCUGGCAUCGCAGAGGCCUCCAUUGACCUGAGGGAUUCCUCUGUCUCCUUGGAGAGGCCAUUGGUCAGGCCUCGGGAAGCCAUGGCUCGCCUCCCAAACCUGUUCAGCAAGAGUAGCACCCAGCUGGGGGAGCAGAGCUGCACAGGCGAGGGCGAAGACAACACCAAGCUCCUCGGGUUGCCUAAUAUUGGCAACACCUGCUUCAUGAACUCUGCUCUGCAGUGCCUGCUGGGGCUGCCAGCAUUUUGCAGAGACAUCCUGAGACAGCAGGACACCUGGAGUUCCUCCCCCUCCUCUAAACUGCUAUGCUGCUUUGCCGAGUUACAUCAGGCAAGGCUUUCUGGAGGCACUGUCAAUGCUAAGAAAAAGGAAAAGAUGAAAAUCCUUCAAACAGUCAAGCGCUGUCUCUCCGUUGUCAAUGAGGACUAUGAGGACGACGGUGAACAGGAUGCCCAUGAAUGUGUGUUGCUCCUCCUCUUUCAGCUGAAGGAGGAGGGUAUGGCAUUAAAGGGCUCCCCAGAGCCAUACACCUGCCCCGUGAAGCAGUUAGAAUUCAAGCUGAAGACUUUCCGUACCUGCACCAGCUGUGGAGUUAUAGUGUAUGGUCAGGAGGAUUACAAUCACCUGUCACUGAACCUGAGCCAAGACCUGACACACAGCCUGGACCUCUACUUUAAGCCAUCUGCAUUAGAGUGUGCAUGCAGGGUGUGCUCAGGCAGCAUGGCAUCUGUGACUAGGCACUUCCUCACGCUGCCCCGGGUCCUAAUGCUUCAUAUCAAGCGGUUUACUGCAGGCAACUGGGAGCCAGAGAAGGUGGAUGAUCCCAUAUCCAUCCCUGCAGAACUGACCCUCCCAGCCGUAUGUGGGGCGACAGCCCCUGUCCAGCAUGGAGCCAGGGCAAGCUCCAUGGGGAAAAACAACAUGGACAACACACCUGCAAACUCCCCGAAAGGCACCCUUGAUAGACCAGCUUCAAAUUCCUCUGACCAGCUAGAGAAACCAGCUGACAGUGAGAAAGAGCAGCAGGCAGCCGCUGUGAGACACCAGCCAGACAAUAUCUACAAAUUGUCAAGUGUGAUCUCACAUCUGGGAGACAACAUGUGUACAGGUAAAAUGCACGCACGCACACACAAUUCUGAAAGCUUAAUGUACACUCUAUUCUGUUUCCCUUGUUCCCUAGGCCACUACAUCAGUGAUGUUUUGGACAGCCGUGGCAGUGGGUGGCUCUGCCUGGAUGACGCACAUGUCUUGAGGACAGAUGAGGCCACUGUGCUGAGGGCAACGGCACAGACUGCCUACAUCCUGUUCUAUGUCUGCAGUGGAGCAGGUGAAGGAGACCAGGCCCCUCACUACUAGGAGAAGCACCAGGAGAACCCAUCGUUAGGGGCACAGCGCUCAGGGACCACCUGGAGUAGCACCUACCGCACACCAAGAAACAUCAGAUUCAUCGAAUUAGGAUGCCCUAGACCACCAUCAAGCUGCCCUAGACCACCAUCAAGCUGCCCUAGACCACCAUCAAGCUGCCCUAGACCACCAUCAAGCUGCCCUAGACCACCAUCAAGCUGCCCUAGACCACCAUCAAGCUGCCCUAGACCACCAUCAA